AUGGUGUCGCCGGCGGCGCGGCUGGUGGUGCAGGGCGUGUGGGCGGCGCUGACCGGCGGCUGGUACCACGACCCGGAGCUGGGCGCCUUCGCCAACAGCUGCCACCUCUAUCUGUGGCUCUUCCUGCUGACGCUGCCGCUGGCCAUGCACCUGGCUUUUCCAGCAAAUGCAGUUACGGCUUUUGCAUACUGCAGCUCAGUGACAGUGUUCUUCACAAUAAUUAAGGUGGUCAGUUACCGUCUGCACCUGAUGUUUGAUAAAGGAGAAGUAAUUCAACAGCAGAUCUCAAGAAAAAAUGGAAGGCAAUGUAAAGAUGCAGAGGUCCCAAAAGGAAUCACAGUUCAGCCCUCAAAUCGUAGCAAUAACACUAGGGAUAAUGGUGUAGUUGGUGAGAUCAACCAGAAUGACUCUACCCCGACAACUCACGAGAGUUCAAGGGUACAGGAUCUCCACUCACAGAACUCAUCUGGACCAAUGGAGCUGCCAACACGGGAAACUAUUGAAGAUCUCAAAGGUGUUAUGGUAUUAGAAGACCAGGCUGUACCACCAGUUUUAUCUACCUCACCCUAUGUCAAAGCAGAUACAUUACCUGUUUCUACAGCUUCUGCUUCAGGUUCUACCGCAUCAGCAAUAGCAACAAAACCAGCUGCUACGGAAACACUUCCUGGGAAUGAAAUAAACGAAAAAGGAGAGAAUGGACAGUCUUAUGGAGAGCAUGGAUCACGAGGCAUUCUUGUGGACAGAGAUGUAGCUAAAAAUGUCUCCAAUAUUUCUUCAUCGCAAGGUGAUAUUUUAAGGACUGGAGUAUCUUUGGAGCCGUGGGACAGUGAAAAUUCAAUUAUUUCAGAGCAUUUGAGUAAUCCUAGAAGUCACAAAAGAGAGAAAUUGCUAGAUGGCUCACUGCAGGCGAGCUCUAGCAGUAACUGCCCACAGUGCAGUGCCUUUACAACCAAAGAUCCUGAGCAUGUGGAAAGUUCUUGCAAUGCUGGUAACACCAAUGAGGACCUUGACUGCUCGGACAGUGAGACUGCUGUUGCAGUUGUUGACAACUCUCUUCCCAGAGACCAACUGUGUGAGCCCAUUAAAAUUGUCAUUACAAUGAGCAGCACACCAACCACCACCCUCAGCGACCUAGCAGGCUCUGUCCAUCUAAAGGGUCUGGGGACUGACAGAAUGAGCUCAGCCCUCGAGUCUGGUAUAGUUACAGCAGAUUGGCAAAGUCAGCAAACUAAUGAACAACUCAGAAUUCCUGUUAUAACUUUUGAUUUGUCUGAUGACAGUAAAGGUAAUGCCUAUCCAGAAGUUAGUGAAAGUGAAAGAACUCCAGAAAUUUUAAAGGCAGAUCUGUCGUCCAACCAUUGUUCUGGCUAUGAAUCUGGUGAUGCGGUGAAGGAACACAGCAAUCCAGCAAAUACUCCUGUGGAAACUAACACUUGUUCAGAUCCAAAUCAGAAGAAUGCUUCUGAGAACAUCCAGAACGUGGAUUUAAAUCCUAAAGAAGAGCUGCAGAACUUAGAUCCGCAGUCCUGUAGAACUGCUCAUGAAAAGAGGCACAUGCGGGUGCUGAGUGUAGACAGUGGGACAGAUGUGCUUUUAAGUAAGAAUUUCAUGGAGGUAUCUGAGAAAGAGAAGACCUUACCGACUUCUAAAUCUGAUCUAGAAGCUAAGGAAGGACAGGUGCCCAAUGAAUCUAACUUUCUAGAGUUUGUUUCCCUCCUGGAAUCCAUUAAUACCUCAAAGAUGAAGGCAUCUAAUCAAUCCACUGUCAAAACAGAGACUACAAAAGAAAAUGUGCUUGGUGGAGAUAGCCAGAUGACAGAGAGAAAAGAAGAAGUGGUGGGAACCGAAAAGCUCCGUGAGCAACUUCCUAAACAGGAAAGAUCAGAUGUACAAAGCCAAGAUCGUGCUAGUACUAGUCCGGUGCUACCAGAGUCUGCCAAAUUUACAGCACUUUACCAGGGCAACAGGCAAAGGCAGAUAAUCUACCGGGUAACUUCUCAGCAGGACAGUUCUGUCUUGCAAGUAAUAAGUGGACCUGAGGCAUCUGUACAAGAUGAGCUGUCCGUGGAUGCAAUGCAUGUGUUCAUAGAUGAAAAUGGGGAAAUUAGAUCCUGUUAUUUAAAGGCUGGCUGUCAGAAGGAAGGAAAUUUUCGACAUCAGAUAUCGAAUUGUGAUUGUAUUUCAAAUGCUCAUGAGAUCCAGUUCAGCUCCUCCAGUACUACCACUUCAGAGAGCCAAGAGCCAUCUUCGGGGGAUCAAGCAGCAAGUGCACUUCAGCAGCAGCUCCUCCUCAUGGUGGCACGAAGGACCCUUUCAGAAACCCCACGGCAACCUAGUCAGGACCCUGAGGAUUCUUCAUGUUCUUCAGCACAACGGAAAUUGAACAGGCAGUUUUACAGAUUUAUUAUAUUCCCUGGUAAAUGGAUUAAAAUCUGGUAUGAUCGGCUAACCUUGUUGGCGUUGCUGGACCGGACAGAGGAUAUAAAGGAGAACGUACUUGCUGUCAUCCUUGUAGUUCUUGUUUCACUUCUUGGAUUCAUGACUCUGAACCAAGGCUUUUGUAAAGACAUCUGGGUUCUGUUGUUCUGUCUUGUUAUGGCCAGUUGCCAGUAUUCUCUCCUAAAGAGCGUUCAGCCUGAUCCUGCUUCACCAAUACAUGGGCACAAUAAAAUCAUAACCUACAGCAGACCCGUAUAUUUUUGUAUAUUGUGUGGCCUUAUUUUGCUGCUAGAUGCUGGAUCUAAAGACACAAAUCCUUCAGUUUAUACAAUGUAUGGCUUGAAGCUCUUUUCGCCUAGAUCUCUCCAGUCAGCCAGAGACCAUGUAAUAGUGUUUUUAUAUUGCUUUCCUGCAAUUUCCCUUCUUGGUCUUUUCCCUCAAAUCAACACCUUCUGUAUAUAUCUUUUGGAGCAAAUAGACAUGUUGCUUUUUGGUGGUUCUGCUGCUGCUGGGCUUGUGUCUGCACUCUAUAGCAUUUCCCGAAGCUUUGUGGUUCUGAUUGUCCUAUAUGCUUUUUGCUUCAGUGCAGUGAAGGAACCCUGGGAUGCGCAGCACAUUCCAGCACUGUUUUCUGCUUUCUGUGGUCUGCUAGUUGCACUUUCUUAUCACCUCAGCAGACAAAGCAGUGACCCAUCUGUACUGAUGUCCCUUAUUCAAUGCAAAUAUGUGCCUCACUUUCUACGUCAACAGUUUGAAGAUUCAUCAGCAGAUCCACUCCCAGAAAAGAUGAGAGAAUCAGUGAAAGAAAUUUUGAAAUCGGAUCUCAUUGUCUGCACAGCGGCUGCUGUUCUGUCAUUUGCUGUCAGUGCCAGCACUGUGUUUCUAUCAUUAAGGCCAUUUCUCAGCAUUGUCCUGUUCGCUUUAGCAUGGACUGUGGGAUUCGUAACACAUUACAUACUUCCUCAGCUUCGCAAGCAUCACCCCUGGCUGUGGAUCUCCCACCCCAUACUUAAAAGCAAAGAGCACCGGCAACGGGAAGUGAGAGAUGCUGCUCAUUUGAUGUGGUUUGAAAGACUCUAUGUGUGGCUUCAGUGCUUUGAGAAAUACAUCUUGUAUCCAGCUAUAAUAUUGAAUGCCCUCACCAUUGAUGCUUUCUCAAUUAGUAAAUACAAGAAGCUUGGUACACACUGUGAUAUUAUCCUGAUAACAGUUGCUGGGAUGAAACUCCUCCGUUCCUCAUUUUGUAAUCCUAUUAAUCAGUUUGUUACUUUGAGCUUUACCGUGAUCUUCUUCCGAUUUGACUAUAGAGACAUUUCAGAAAAUUUCUUGCUGGAUUUCUUCAUCAUGUCCAUUGUUUUUCACAAGCUGUGGGACCUACUGCAAAAGUUACAGUUCAUCAUGACGUACAUCGCUCCCUGGCAGAUUGCGUGGGGGUCGUCGUUCCAUGUUUUUGCUCAGCUCUUUGCGAUACCUCAUUCUGCUAUGCUUUUUUUCCAAACUCUGGCCACUUCAGUCUUUUCUACCCCGCUGAGCCCAUUUCUUGGUAGUGUCAUCUUUAUCGCAUCAUACGCAAGACCAGUCAAGUUCUGGGAGAAAAACUACAACACCAAAAGGUCGGACCAUUCCAACACAAGACUGGCAAUUCAGAUCGAAAAGGAUGCAGGAAAUGAUGACAAUAAUCUCAACUCCAUUUUUUAUGAGCAUUUGACAAGAUCCUUGCAGGAAUCUCUUUGUGGAGAUUUGAUUCUGGGCCGCUGGGGAAACUACAGCACAGGAGACUGUUUUAUUCUGGCAUCAGAUUAUUUAAAUGCCUUUGUGCACUUGAUUGAAAUUGGAAACGGCCUGGUCACCUUUCAGCUUAGAGGGCUGGAAUUUCGAGGGACAUAUUGCCAGCAGAGAGAAGUGGAGGCUAUAACAGAAGGAGAUGAAGACAAUGAAGGCUGCUGCUGUUGUAAGCCCGGACACUUGCCUCACUUGUUAUCAUGUAAUGCAGCCUUUAACCUCCGAUGGCUGACAUGGGAAAUAACACGAACCCAGUACAUCCUGGAAGGAUAUAGCAUCAUUGAUAACAACGCUGCAACAAUGCUGCAAGUUUUUGAUCUGCGGAGAAUACUUAUCAGAUACUAUAUAAAGAGUAUAAUAUACUUUACAACAAGCUCUCCCAAAAUUUUUGACUGGAUAAAGGAUGAAUCCAUCCAAAAGAUACUGCAGCCUUAUGCAAAGUGGCAUUAUAUUGAACGUGACCUUGCAAUGUUUAACAUUAACAUAGAUGAAGAUUAUGUUCCCUGUCUCCAAGGAAUAACAAGAGCUAGUUUCUGCAGUGUUUAUCUGGACUGGAUUCAGUACUGUGCCAGGAAAAGGGUGGAGCACUUGGACAGUGAUGAGGAUUCUCCACUAGUAACGCUUUCCUUUGCCUUGUGCAUACUGGGCCGAAGAGCUUUGGGAACUGCAGCUCACAACAUGGCCAUCAGUUUAGACUCCUUUCUUUAUGGACUCCACGCGCUGUUCAAAGGAGACUUCCGGAUAGCAGUGAAAGAUGAGUGGGUCUUUGCAGACAUGGAUCUGCUGCAUAAGGUGGUUGCCCCCGCAAUCCGAAUGUCUCUGAAGCUACAUCAGGACCAGUUCACCUGCCCAGAUGAGUAUGAGGACCCAGCAGUUUUGUAUGAAGCAAUCCAAUCUUUUGAAGAAAAGGUUGUGAUUUGUCAUGAAGGGGACCCUGCCUGGCGCAGUGCUGUACUCUCCAACAGAGAAGAGCUGCUAACCCUGAGGCAUGUGGUAGAUGAAGGAGCAGAUGAAUAUAAAGUUAUCAUGCUCCACAAAAGCUACUUGAGCUUCAAGGUUAUCAAGGUCAACAAGGAGUGUGUCAGAGGACUGUGGGCUGGGCAGCAGCAAGAACUGAUUUUCUUGCGCAAUCGUAACCCAGAGAGAGGAAGCAUCCAGAAUAAUAAACAGGUCUUGCGGAACUUAAUUAAUUCUUCAUGCGAUCAGCCAUUGGGAUAUCCAAUGUACGUUUCCCCUUUAACCACCUCAUACCUUGGGACGCACAGCCAACUGAGGAACAUCUGGGGGGGACCUGUCAGUUUGGACAACAUUAAAAAGUGGUUCAGAUCCAAAUGGUUAAGGAUGCGGAAGGACUGUCAGGCAGCUCACCAUGACAGAGGCAAUGCUGAAGAAGUGGAUAAUGGAGGGGGGUCAUCUAGCGGCAAUUCCGCAGGUAACUCAAGCCAGAGCAGUAGCUCGCAGCACACCAGAGACGGAACCCCUCAGUUGCAGGCUUCAUCACAUGAGGUCCAGCAGCGUGCAGGCAGGAGAAAACACAGGAGUCAGUCUGUCCAGGCACACGCUGCUUUAAGCCAAAGGCCCCCUGUUUCAAGUCACUCUGGACCAAUGAUGGAAAGCCGCCAGCCUUUCAUCCAAACAUCUACAUCUGCCCAUGAAAUUGCCCAAAGGCUUUCUAGUAGCCAGCUGUCACUCCACAACUCGGCAACAUCUGUGUUUUCUCAGUCCCCUGCUGUUCCCCUUGCUGGCCAGCUGACUGUGCAGGACCGAGCUGCUGCACUGCUCAGGUCCAGCCUGGCCUCGUCCACCAGCUCAACUCUCAGCCUGCUGUUCGGCAAGAGAAGCUUUUCGAGUGCUCUGGUGAUUUCUGGGCUCUCAGCUGCGGAUGGAGGUAACACCAGUGACACCCAGUCAUCCAGCAGCAUGAACAUUGCCAUGGGUCCUUCUGCCAGAGCAGCAAGUCAGGCAACUCGGCAGCUCACCGAGACCUGCGAUGCGACGGAAGCUACAGAAUCUAGACCGCGUCGAGAGCAAGGUCCGGCCCAUGCCAUGUUCGUGAGCCAGACCCUGGAGUGCAGAAGGGCCAGCCAAGAAGACAUGGCCCUGGAAGACACGGCUUCUCAGCAAAGCCUCUCUGAGGAGCAGUGAGGAGUACCGCUAGCGCAAGGGCCACACGCUUCUCAGAAUUAAAGACAGAGUUAGGUCAGGGAGCUGCAGGUGCGUUUAAAUUCUUUCAAAUGUAAGAAGCAACCUCCAAAUGUUUAUUUUUCUAACUUCUAAGCAAGAAUAUACAGGGAACAUGUUCUUCAGCUAAAGGCCUUGGCAUGGGUGGGGUUGGAAGAUGUCAUAAAAAACACGGUGCCGCUUCAUCUCAGGUUCUUGUAAAUGCUAGAACAACAAAUACAACCUGUUUGACGUUCCUUCCCCUGCAGAGGUGUUGACACGCUUGUGGUGGGAAAAAACAAGCAUAACAGCUGGCAUCGCGAGUGAAUACAAUGGGAAAUACUAAUACAAUUCAGUGAAAAGCACACAAGAAAUCUUUCCUGCCAUAGCUAGACAGCUGAUUGCAUGCAAAUUAAUUGGCACUUGAUUAUAAUGUAUAGCAAAGGACAACUUUGAACAGAAGCAAUUAAUGCAUAAAAGGACAGUACAAUAUGUACUGUAACAGUAGAGCUAAAUCUGAUUAUUUUUUUCCCAACAGCAAAUCUUAUUUUCCUUCAACAUAUUAUGCAGGUGCUAAUUAUGAAUAGCAACAUAGCAUCACACAGACUGAUACACUGCAUGCAGCUAUACUGAAACAUUGUGUGAACAAACCUUGCUAAAAACAUUAACAGAAGUCAAAUGUGAGAAAAGAAACUAGCCAGUGCAUGGAAAGCCUUCACAAAGCAUAUGGUGCACCUUAUUUGCAAAGAAAGCAGCUUUGUGUUAACAGCUGCUCUUAGGUAUAAUCUCAUGCUCCUGUUUGGUUUACAGCAGUGUUUCUCAAAUUCCAGGCAACAGCCCCCUUGGGAGAUGCAAAAGGGCCCGGGAGAGUUCUUCUCAAAGGCAGCAAAGUGCAAAUUAGACUGUAAUUAUUGUCUGCAUUUGUAGUGGGCAGGGAACAGCUAAAUGUCUUUAAUUGCUGGACACAACUCAGUGUCCAUAAACACUUGUAGCCAGUAAUUACAGAGCAUUCUGGUUUCCCUCCCCCAGAGAAACUGAGCUGCUGCCAAUUUAAUAGUUGCAUAAAGAUGGAUGAGGCAAAAAGAGAAGUCAUGCUUUCACAAAAUUUGAGAAACACUGAUUUACAGGAAUCCAUGACUAUUUUGGAAGCCAAAAGGCUACAACAACUCCUUACUGUACUAUAAUGCAUAAAGACACACGUGAGCGCGUUUUGUUUUGUUGUUUUUUUUUUUUUUUUUAAUUAAAAAAUUUGCAGCU